AUGCGCAGACGCAACUGCAGUAAACACGCAUUGUGUAAGCCGACGCUCGAAGCGGCGACAUGGCGAGAACUGUUGUGUUGAUUUUCUUACUCGAAGCGAUUCCAGAAUCGCCUUUGAAAUUGAACCAAACAUUGCAAGAAACUCUAUCAAAGUUGCCCACUGACCCCCAUCACACCAUACAAGAAUGCAAUCCGAAUCUUGCCGAUUCUGUUCUCCAAAAAGCUUAUCUGGAAAUGAGAAAAAAUAAUUCCAAUUGGAAACUAUUUAAAACCAAAGAAACUCCGAACGAACUCUUUGUACAACUACCCCCCGAUAAUAUUUACAAUGUUGAUACAAUUUUUGAUAACUCUAUACCAGAUUCAGAUGAGAAUUCGCUCGAAAAUACACAACAGUACUUCGAAAAAAAUAUCCUUACAAAUGAAAAUGACAAUAUUAAUGAACACAUGAUAAAAGAAAAUAGAAGCCAUUCGAAAAGUAUUCGUCCGGAAAGUCCGCCAUCUUUGGUGGCCAUAUUUGAAACGCUGUCAAACGUCACUGCGCAGACAUGCGCGGGUAGUUUGUUGUCCGCGCACUGGGUGGUUACCGCUGCAAGCUGCGUCGGCGUCUUGAACGAGUUGGAUGGAAAUGGUGCUAACAGCAAAGAAAAGAGCCGUUACACAAUAGUAGCAGGGUCUACAGACCCCCUCAUAGAUGGGUCUAUCCACAACGUCACCGACAUCCUUCUCCAACCUUCAUCUAAACACCAUAAAAAUGGCGAGACCUCUGCUUCCUUCAAUCCACGUUUGGCCAUGAUGAGAAUCAGUCCAGGACUAGCAGUUGUGAAGAUGAGGAUACUGAAUGAUGAUGGAAAUGUUUCGGAUGCUGUGGUCUAUGGAUGGACCUUGGCCACGAAUGAGCCAAGCCACGACGCGAUGUUGCCCGUGUCUCUCCCAGUCAAGAAGACCAGCUCGAGUCGGUGCCAAUCCCGAGACGGUGGAGUGACGUCACCAACGGCUCUGUGCUUCAGUCCUGCUGUGCCAGUCGCAUCUAAUGCCACCAAGGUAUGUUAAGAUUAUUGUUUUCAUUGUGAA